AUGGCUCAAAGGGUCACCUACAGGCGUAGACUUUCCUACAACACCAAGUCUAACAAGACUAGAAUUGUUAAGACCCCAGGUGGAAGACUUGUAUACCAAUACCUUAAGAAGAGAGGUGCCGUCCCAAAAUGCAGAGAUACCGGAGUGAAACUUCACGGACUCACCCCAGCCCGUCCACGUGCUCUCUCUAGACUUACUAAGAACCAGAGAACCGUUUCUCGCGUAUAUGGAGGUUGCCUUUCCGCCAAUGCCGUUAAGGAACGCAUCACCAGAGCCUUCCUUGUUGAGGAACAAAAGAUCGUUGCUCGUGUUCUCAAGCAAGCUAAGUCUGCUGUUAAGAACGAUUAA